AUAGAGGAGAUUGUAAGUACAGUUAAAUUGCAGAGAAACGUUAAAAAUAAAUAUUCAACUAAACAAAAGCUUUUGUUUGUAUAUAUGAACAGACUUAAACUUUUUAAUGUUGCGAAGGCUGACUCUGUAGUUAGCGGUAUUGUCGAAUGA